CACACACACACACACACACACACACACACAACAGCACACACAACACAAAGACGACAGUGUUUCAAUCGUGGUCAUACGGACCAGCAGACCCAACCCUCUCAAACGCUGCACACAUUCCACCGCACAGACCCACACCUACACAUGAGCACACACGAGCACACGCACACACAUACACACACACACACACGAUUCCCAAAGCACAGUGUGCAUGCAUGCAUCGUUUCAUCCCCCUCUUCGUUGCCUGUCUGCGCGCACACACACACACGCACACACAUGCACAUACACGGUGCACUGCCAAUCAUGCCGCAAGUCAGCAGCUUGCUCGCUUCCUCCUCCUCCUCACUUGUUGCGAGAAACUCACCACCUGCCUGCUCCAACCAAACCGCGCACACACAAUUCCUUCUCCAUUUCCCCGCCCCCACCACACCGUGCACACAAUAUCCAUCCCACUCCUGGUUGGGUGCUACCAACACACCUCCCUCAACCGCGCCUUGAUCCAUCGAUCCACCGAUCCAUUUGGUUGGUCGGUUUGCUGUGGUGGGUUGGUUGGUGUGCGGCAUUGCUCCCUCUGUGUGCUUCACAACCAACCACCCUUAUCGCUCCCUCACUUGCUUUCUGCACACCUUGCGUCGUGGCGUGCCACGUCGCCUGCCUGCCGUCCAUUUCUCUCCUCCCUGUCCAUCUCUCCCCUCCUUUGCGUGCCUCUGUGUGCCUCUGUGUGCUUCUGGCUUUGUGCUGUUGCUCGUGCGCCACGCAAUUGUCUCCUCGACCACCACCAUCACCACCACCACCACCACCACCACCGUCAAUACCGCCAUCACCUCCUCGUGAUUCUCACUUUCGCCGCUCACUUUCCAUCAUCGCCUCUUACUUCUCACAACCGUCAUCGUCUCCUCGGCUUCCUUCCUCUCCACAACCAACCCGGCUGUCGUGGGACCAUGUUUGCGCCACCCCAGCAGGCCCGUCCAAACCGGAGCGUCCGCAGCAACACCACACGCGCACACACUGCCGUGAGCACUGCCAGCAACGUCACAGCCAACUCCAUCACCAUGCCGUUUGAGGUUGCCGUCUCCGAUGUCCACAGCUUUCCUGGCAUUGGCUGGGACACACGUCCUCGCUACUCCUCCCGCACCCUCGUGGGCCAUUGGGAUGAGGAGCGCAACAACUCGAGCAUCAUUGGCGGCCUUCCCGAUCGCACAGGGGAGACGUGGGCCAGCACGACGCAGUUGUCGUACUCGCAGCCGCUGUCCUCGGCAUCGCUGCGCUCCACAGCAUCGGCGUCCCGUGCUGAGAACAGAACCAUGUCCCUCACAAACCGCCACAAGCUCGAGAGCGUGCACAGCACCAUCACCCUCAACCGCUCCGCGCCGCCGUCUGUCUUCCGUCCAAACGCCAGCGCACCGGCCACCCUUGGGCGCGCAAGCAAGAUCCCAUCGUUGACGGGCUCGCGCGUGUACAACCGCUUCACGGGCCGCUGGGAGCCCGAGCCCAUCGACGUGGCGCCAGCACCGGUGAAGACGACGCGGCUGCGCGAUUCGCUGCGCAAGAAGUGGGCGGCAGAGACGGCGGCAGAGCGCGCAUCGGCAUACACCUCAACCACGCGCGAGGCAUACAAGCUCCCGCCCAUCCAGCCUUCAACCUCAUCGUUCAAGCGGACUGCCACCUUCACCUCCACCACCAUCCCCAACGUGCUCACGCGUGACCACCGCGUUCACAAGUGACACGGCACGGCGUCUUUUCUUUGACACGCGUCGUGCUAUGCUCUCUCUCUCUCUCUCGAUCUUUCCCCUCCCAUCUACUUCAUCCAUUCCAUCCCCGGCGCUCACUGGAAGUUCUUCGUCUCUUGGAUGUCUUCUCGUUGUCUUUGGCCCAGUGCCAGUCUGCAUUUCUUUCACAAACACGCGAACGCGCAUACACUCGUGUGAGCUCAUGUGCGCGUGUGCAACGUGUGGGCGCUUCGUGCUGCCUUCUGUCCUAAUCAUCCAAUCUUGUUACUGCUGUAUGUGUGAGUGCAUGUGUGUGUGUCUGUAUGUCUAUGAUUUAUUGUGGUUUUACAUUGCGUCGCCCGCCCUCUUCUCCCCGUCACAUUGUCUGCCUGCCUGCCCGUUUUUGCUUCUCUGCAUGCAUCACAUCACGCAUGAAUGCGUAUCUUGGUUUGCCUUGCUGGUCUUGCUUUACCCCACCCCCUCUUGCCUUCUUUCUCCUCUUCGCUUCUCGUGGUAUCUGUCAUCUCGCCUCGCCUGCUUGUCUCGUUCGUCUCUUGUUUGGCCCAUGGUGUGGUUGUAGGCAUGCUGCUGGUUCAGUUGUUGCUUCGUCAUGGCUUCUUUCUUGGUGUGUGGAUGCGUGCGCACUGUAGUGUGGUGUUGUCGUCUUGUAUCUGUGCGUGUGUGUGCUUGUGUUCAUGUGUGUGUGUGUUUGUUUAUGUGCGUGUGUUUGUUUACGUGCGCGUGUGUGCUUGUGUUCAUGUGCGUGUUUGCGUUCGUGUUCAUGUGCAUGUGCGAGUUCGUGUUUGUGUGCGCAUCCACCCCUUCUCUCUUUCUCUCUCUUCGUGUCAGGGAUCGUAAGCCGUCAUCAUCAUACACCAUCUCAACUUCAACACAGAACACAAA